AUGGUCUUCAAGUCUUACUACCAGUGGGCUGCUGUCGCCCUGGCUGCGACUGCUCAGCUCAGUGCUGCCCAGACUACUACUAGCUGCAAUCCUCUCAAGAAGACUUGCCCCGCGGAUACCGGUCUUAACAAGUACCGUCUCAACACCGACUUUACUUCUGGCUCCCUGGGCCGCUGGAACACCACUGCCGGCACCGUGACAAGCACCGACCUAGGAGCCAAGUUCACCGUCUCGGAACAGGGUGACGCCCCCACAAUCGAGAGCGAAUUCUACAUCUUCUUCGGCCAUGUCGACGUCAAGAUGAGAGCCGCCAAUGGUACUGGUAUCAUCAGCACCUGGAUCCUCGAAUCCGACGACCUCGACGAGAUCGACUGGGAACAAAUCAGCACCUACAGCACCGAAAUCCAAACCGACUACUUCGGCAAAGGAAACACAACCUCCUACGACCGCGGCACAACUGUAACCGUCACCACCCCAGAAGAAACCUUCCACACCUAUUCAAUUGACUGGACAAGCGAGCGUAUUCAAUGGCUGCUCGAUGGCGACGUAGUCCGUACUCUGGAAUACGCUGACGCCGUAAACGGCAAGAACUUCCCCCAGACACCCAUGCGCAUCCGCAUCGGCAUCUGGGCCGGCGGAGACCCAGACAACUCCGAAGGCACAAUUGAAUGGGCCGGCGGCGAGACCGAUUACACCGAGGGACCCUUCUCGAUGUACGUUGAGUCGGUCGAUAUCAUCAACUACAACCCCGCCCAGGCGUACAAGUAUACCGAUAAGACCGGUGCUUAUACUAGCAUCAAGGCUAUUAAUGGGACUAAUAUUUCUACUAAUUUGGCCACGAGCUCAAGCACUGGUUCGGCGUCUGUUAUGGCCUCUUCUACUGCUGUGGGGUCUUCUUCUACUGCUGCUUCCUCAUCGUCGUCGGCUUCUUCUAUUGCUUCUUCUGUUGGAGUUGUGUCUGGUGCGUCAGCUUCGUACUACACUUCUGUCUUUGUUAUUGCUGCUGUUUCCUUUGUUGCUGGAGUUGUGCAGUAUUAG